AUGGUCGCCAAAUUUAACAUUUGUUGUAUUUCUCCCUUUCAGUUCGUAAUCGUCCUUUCCCUGGCUGUGGCCGCUUCCGCCGGCAUCGUCCCUUACGCUAAGGUGGCGUACGCCGAGCCCGAGGCGCCAGCACACUACGAGUUCAACUACUCCGUGCACGACGACCACAGCGGAGACGUGAAGCAGCAGCAGGAGUCUCGCGCCGGAGACGCCGUGCAGGGCUCGUACUCGCUCGUGCAGCCCGACGGUGUCCGCCGCAUCGUGCACUACACCGCCGACCACGAGCACGGCUUCAACGCUCAGGUCUCCUACGAGGGCACCCCCGUCCACCAGGUUUCCGCUAAGAUCGCCUACGCCGCUCCCAUCGCCAAGGUUGCCUACGCUGCUCCCAUCGCCAAGGUCGCCUACGCCGCUCCCGUCGCCAAGGUGUCCUACGCUCCUGCCGCCGUGUCCUACUCUCACGCCCCAGUCUCCUACGAGGGCACCCCCGUCCACCAGGCUCCCGCUAAGAUCGCCUACGCCGCUCCCAUCGCCAAGGUCGCCUACGCUGCCCCCAUCGCCAAGGUCGCCUACGCUGCUCCCGUCGCCAAGGUGUCCUACGCUCCUGCCGCCGUGUCCUACUCUCACGCUCCAGUUGCCUACUCCGCUCCCGUCGCUAAGGUCGCCUACGCCGCCCCCGUAGCCCACGUGUCCUACGCGUCCCCCGCUAUCUCCUACCACCAUUAGAUCAACUCUUGUUAAUUAGUUAAGAAAUCUGUUGAUUAUUAUGUAAUCAGUGGUUGCUAUUAAAUUAUUGAACUGAAA